AUGGCCGCCACUGCUGUCGACCCUUUUUUGAAGGGCCUCACGAGCUCAAGCACUCGCGGCCUUUUACGGGUGAUCAUACUGGCUUUCAUUGCGGCAGCAGCUAUUUCCAGCAGACUAUUCAGCGUAAUAAGGUUUGAAAGUAUCAUCCACGAAUCUUUUGGGAUUGGUUUGACGACCGUGAGCCUCCUUUCGAGAACAUGGCAUCCUCUUGGGCGUGUCACCGGCGGCACAUUGUACCCUGGGUUGAUGGUUACGAGCGGCGCAAUUUAUCAUCUCCUUCGAUUCCUCUCUCUCCCCGUCGAUAUUCGUAAUAUAUGCGUCCUCCUCGCGCCGGGGUUUUCGGGUUUGACGGCACUGGCAAUGUACCUGCUUACAUCGGAGAUGUCGGUUUCGCCAUCUGCCGGCCUCCUUGCCGCAGUGUUCAUUGGCAUCACCCCUGGAUACAUUUCCAGGUCCGUUGCUGGGAGUUAUGAUAACGAAGCCAUUGCCAUUUUCCUCUUGGUCUUUACCUUUUACCUUUGGAUCAAGGCUUUGAAGAAUGGAUCAAUCAUGUGGGGUGCAUUGGCUGCCUUAUUCUAUGGCUACAUGGUUUCGGCAUGGGGUGGAUACGUCUUCAUUACGAACUUGAUCCCCUUGCAUGCCUUCGUGCUUAUCUGCAUGGGUCGAUAUAGCUCACGUCUCUAUAUCGGCUAUACCACUUGGUAUGCACUUGGAACACUAGCUAGCAUGCAAAUCCCUUUUGUUGGCUUUUUGCCAAUCCGUAACAGCGACCAUAUGGCGGCUCUGGGUAUAUUUGGUCUCCUUCAAAUCGUGGCCUUUGUGGAAUUCCUUCGAUCUCAAGUUCCCGGAAAACAGUUUCAAGCCCUCCUCACUACUUUGGUUCUCGUCACAUUCGGCAUCGCAUUCUCCGGGUUAGUACUUCUCACGAUAACAGGCGUCAUUGCACCCUGGAGUGGUCGAUUUUACUCGCUUUGGGAUACCGGAUAUGCCAAAAUUCACAUUCCCAUCAUCGCUUCCGUCUCGGAGCAUCAACCGACAGCUUGGCCUGCAUUCUUCUUCGACCUUAACAUGCUGAUAUGGCUCUUUCCUGCCGGCGUUUAUAUGUGCUUCUAUCAGCUUAAGGACGAGCACGUUUUCAUAAUCAUCUAUGCCGUUCUUGCAAGCUAUUUUGCCGGUGUUAUGGUUCGGUUAAUGUUGACUUUAACACCAGUGGUUUGCGUUGCUGCCGCUCUGAUUGUGUCGCAUAUACUUGACACUUAUCUUCGAUUAGAUUCCCCUGACCCAAAUGCGCAACCUAAAGCGACCAACGAAAAACCUACUCAAAGCAGCUUACGAGCUGCGCGGACACGACUUGUUGGCAUCUAUUCAGGCCUUUCGAAAGGCUUGGUUUCCGCCUCACUCGUAGUUUAUCUGUUGCUGUUUGUCGCUCAUUGUACAUGGGUCACAUCGAUGGCCUAUUCGUCUCCGUCGGUCGUGCUCGCAAGCAAACUCCCCGACGGGAGCCAAUACAUUAUUGACGAUUAUCGCGAAGCUUAUUAUUGGCUUCGCCAAAAUACGGAAAAGAACGCGAAAAUCAUGUCGUGGUGGGAUUAUGGGUAUCAAAUCGGCGGAAUGGCGGAUCGUCCCACGCUGGUCGAUAACAAUACUUGGAAUAAUACACAUAUUGCCACUGUUGGGAAAGCAAUGAGCUCCCGUGAAGAAGUCAGCUACCCAAUCCUUCGCCAGCAUGACGUCGACUACGUGUUAGUCGUAUAUGGCGGUUUGAUCGGUUACUCCGGUGACGAUAUCAACAAGUUCCUCUGGAUGGUUCGAAUUGCUGAAGGUAUCUGGCCUGAUGAGGUGAAAGAGCGAGAUUUCUUCACCGCUCGUGGCGAAUACCGUGUUGACGACCAAGCGACUCCCACAAUGCGCAACAGUCUCAUGUAUAAACUCUGCUACCACAACCUCAAUUCGCUGUUCCCCAAGGGCCAAGCGCAUGAUCGUGUUCGCGGAGUCCGCCUUCCGGCCGAAGGCCCUCAGUUAACAACCCUUGAGGAGGCAUUUACCAGCGAGAACUGGAUUAUUCGAAUUUACAAAGUUAAAGAUCUAGACAAUGUAGGCCGCGACCAUAACAGUGCCGUGGCGUUUGAAAAGGGCCAUAAAAAGAAAAAGGGGACUAGGGCUAAAAGACGAGGCCCAAAGAUAUUAAGGACUGAGUAA